UUGUUGUUUUUCCUUUUAAUUGACAAAAUGGCUCGUAUGAACAGACCAGCCCCUGUGGAGAUCACCUACAAAAACAUGAGGUUCCUGAUCACCCACAAUCCCACCAACGCCACACUGAAUAAGUUCAUCGAGGAGUUGAAGAAGUAUGGAGUGACCACCGUUGUGAGAGUUUGUGAGGCCACCUAUGAUGCAACCCUGGUUGGGAAAGAAGGAAUCCAGGUUCUGGAUUGGCCAUUUGAUGAUGGCGCUCCUCCCUCCAACCAGAUUGUUGAUGACUGGCUGAACCUCCUGAAGGUGAAGUUUAGGGAGGAGCCUGGCUGCUGCAUUGCUGUUCAUUGUGUAGCAGGACUGGGAAGAGCUCCUGUUCUGGUGGCCCUCGCCAUGAUAGAAUGUGGGAUGAAAUAUGAGGAUGCGGUCCAGUUCAUUCGACAGAAGCGUCGAGGAGCCUUCAACAGUAAGCAGCUGUUCUACCUGGAGAAAUAUCGUCCAAAGAUGCGCCUGCGCUUCAAAGACUCCAACGGCCAUCGCAAUAACUGCUGCAUCCAGUAGAGCCAAAACCUGGACAUGCCAACCCCCCCCCCCCCCCCCCCGUUACACACACACAAAAAAGAAUUUAAUCUUGCUAGCUUACUCCCUGGCAGGCUUCUUUUUUGUUUUCGUUUUUUAUUAGUUAUUGUGUUGAAGUAUUUCCUUUGGAAAUCCUCUCAGUAAGUCAAGUGUUCCCUUCCCUCAUCGGUUUCAAAUCCAAGUGUCGGAAAAAAAACCCAGUCGUGUGAAGCAGACUUGCAGUGUGUUCUGUUAAUGUGCCGUAGAGUUGGAAAGAGCAGUGCAGCCAGUGAGUCCCGUAUCUUUGUGAAGCGUCAAGAUGUUGGUUUCUUAGUUUUUGCAAACACACCCAAAGAUUUUUGAUUGGCCAGUGUGUUUACAUUGCCUGAGAAUGUGCUACAAAGAGCUAUUUUUUCAUUUCAACUCGAGCAUUUAUGUACCCCAUUAAAAUUUUUACGUUUUGCGUGACAAGACUGACUAGAUAAGAGGUUUGCCUUCCUUCAGAUCAGUGGUUCAUCCAUAAAUGCCUUACAAUCGAAAUGGGACGAAGGCAAUCGGGGUGAGAGUCAACACCCGCUACCAUUGGGAAAAGGUCUUUCAUUUUUUUUACUCGGAACAAAAAUAAUUGUUGCCUUUGUCUGUGCAGGAAGUCUUAUGUACCCUUUUGCCCCUUUCAGUGACUAUUUUUAAUAUGAAAUGCCUAAUUGUUGCAAUAUUUGUCCGUUUAAAGUGGGGGAACUUUUAGCAUUUUUUUUUUUUUGGCUUUUCUUGAUUAAAAAAAACCUUUUGUUUACUGAUUAACUGCCAUGUCCAAAAUGUGAUUUUGUUUAUUUUAUUGUUUUAGCUUUGAACUGGACUUCCAACAUCUGCGAUAUUUUGUAUGCCUUUUUAUUUGAUGUCUGUAACUUAAGACUUGGAUACUUGAUGAAUUUAUGUAUUUGAAAAUGUGUACUAUGAUUAUUAUUAUUAAUAGGUUGGCUAUUUAUACUAUCAAUGGAUGUGUGUUUUAGUACCGUGAGCGACAAAAUUGUACCUGUUCACCAACUUGUGAGUGUACAUUAAAAUGAUACACCGAAAAAGGUUAAAAAAAAAAAAGAAAAAGAAAAAAAGGAGUGGUCAUUGACGGUUAUGCUUGUUUGUCAGAUUGAAGUUUUGUCCCAACAGUAGAUAUCCGAUGCCGAAGUGGGGGAGUAACAGCUUUUCUUAAAGCAUGACAGGACCUACAUAGAACAAAUUGUAUUUUAUGAAAAACAGAAUAAAAGUCAAU